UGGUCACGUGGAGCCGGAGGCCCUGCGGAGCGGAGGGGGCGCCCUAUGGCAGGUGUCGGUUUGGCCGGUCCUUUGCAGCAGCGGCUUCCCGGGCUGGAGGAGCGUUUGUGUCGCUUGUGUCAUUUGCGGAAUGAUGAGGACUCGGCCGAUGCCUUCUUAAUGCAAGCUUCUGCCACUUUGGAAACCCUGAAGCAGCUUUCUGAAGAUGGCGGAGAGAACAGCACGUUUUCUAACCUUGUGCAGCUUUAUGCUCAGGCGGUUCUGGAUAUCACAUACUUUGAGGAAAACCAGCUCAUAGAUGAAGAUUUUCUGGAAGUCUCAUCUUUACAGAAAGUGGAAGAACUAAUCCAUGUACUUUCAGAGCCAGAAGCCUUGAUCAAAGAAAGCGGUGAGAAUGAACCCCUUUCGGUGCUGGGUGUGGAAUUACUGGAAUGUCUCUACUGGAGAAGAGGAGCCUUACUCUACAUGUUUUGUCACACAGUUAAAGGAAGGAAAGAAUGGCUAAUGGAGAAGAUGGAGACCUUUAAAAAGUUUCUUAGUGAAGGAGUUAAUUACUUGGUGAAGAUGCUUGGCUUUAGAUGUUCUGUCGACCUCAAUGAGGAAUUUGUGUCUCAGGAUGCAGACACAGCAAGACUACUCCAUGAAGGUAUAUUUAGUGAUACCCAUCUGUUGGCUAUGAUGUACAGUGGAGAAAUGUGUUAUUGGGGACUGAAUUACUUUGGGAAAGGAAAACCACCACUGCAAAGCACAGAUUCUGGAUCUAAUAGCGAACAACACUGUAGCGCGCGCACUGAAAUUGUGGACUUUCGAGAUAUGGGAGAGAAAAUGUUGAAGAAAUAUAUUGAUGUCUGUGAAGGACCUUUAAGAGAACACGAAUGGAAUACCAGGAACGCAAAGCUUAUUUUGGACUACUUUAGACAAUUAUCAACCUAGUUUACUUAAGUAGAUGUCUGUAUACUUCGAAGAAGAAACAUUAAAUUGG